GGAAGGAGGACACAAAGUUUGACCUUUCAACUAAAAUGGCGCACUCCAGUCCAAACCAAUAUUUGCAGCAGCUUGAGGAUGCCAUCAACGGAAGAGAUGGAGCAACAUCAGCGGAGUUGUUAUCAUUUAGACAUCCUCACAUCGCCAGUCCGAAACUUCAUCGGUUUGAGAAUCCGGAGGGUCAGUGUGAGCAGUGGUUCGAACAGCCAUACGAUGAAAUGAUCGCAGGCCAUUUGAAAUGUAUCCAGUGUGUGGCCAACCAUGAUUUUAUUGAAGCUUAUGCCUACCAGUCCGUCGUUGUGCAAUCGUUUAACAAAAUAUUCCAGAGCCAUAAAGAUGACAACUGGGCUCUUCCAAUUAUGUAUGCAGUAACCCUUGACCUGAGGCUUUUUGCAAACAAUGCUGAUGUACAGCUGUCUAAGAAAGGAAAGGGUAAACCGGGAGAGAAGCUGGAGAAAGCCGCCGAUACCCUGAUGGGUUGCUUUAGAAUCUGUGCAGCGGACAGCCGAGCAUCUCUUGAUGACUCCAAGAAGUGGGGAAUGCUGUAUUUGGUCAACCAACUCUUCAAGAUCUACUUCAAGACAAAUAACCUGCAGCUGUGUAAGCCUCUAAUCAGGGCCAUUGAUAGCUCUAGCUUCAAAGACCAGUUCAGCAUCUCACAGCGAGUUACUUACAGAUACUACGUAGGGAGGAAAGCCAUGUUUGACAGUGACUUCAAAAGUGCCGAAGAGUUUCUGACGUUCGCCUUCCAGCGUUGUCACCGAGCGAGCAGACAGAACAAACGUCUUAUUCUUAUUUACCUCCUCCCAGUCAAGAUGCUUCUGGGUCAAAUGCCAAAGAUCUCCCUCCUCAAGAAGUACGACCUGAUGCAGUUUGCCGACGUGUCGCAGGCAGUCAUCGAGGGUAAUUUGAAGCUGCUCAACAGUGCCAUCGAGGCCCACGAGAUCUUCUUCGCAAAAUGCGGUGUCUACCUCAUCGUGGACAAACUCAAGAUUAUCACAUAUCGCAACCUCUUCAAGAGAGUGCACAUGAUCACGAGUUCCUUCCAGCUUAGCAUCGAGAAGUUUGUAUCAGUACUGACAUUCCUUGAUAUCGAAGAUGUAGAUUCUGCGGAGGUGGAAUGCAUCCUUGCCAAUCUUAUUCAUCAGGGUUAUAUCAAGGGGUACAUCUCUCAUCAGCAUCAGAAGUUAGUCAUCAGUAAACAGAACCCCUUCCCUCCUCUGAGUUCAUUCCUCUGCUGAGAAGUCGGGGCUCCAGUUUCACCAUGGAGACGAACAAACAGACAGUCUUAGGCAGUGGCUCUGUUGGUUGUAGACAAAGAUUGGCUUCACUGGAUUGUUGAAUAGCUCUAGCCAUAUCUACAGCUGUAGCCACAUCUACAGCCGUAGCCAGGUUUUCAAACUUCAAUUGUUUGAAGGAGGAUCCAUGGAGGAUCUUUUUACUGCAAGCUUACUCUCUUCCCCCGAUGCUAAAACAUAGGAUUCGAACUGCCUCUAGCUACCGGGCAAUCUCGGUGGUCUAGUUGGUAUGAGACUGCUCUAGAAUUGCAAAGGCUGUGGAUUUGAAUCCCACUCGAGUAAUUAUGCCUGUGAUUUUCGUUUUCACAGAUCUCGGGAAACUACUGAGGAUACAGUGCUGACACACAUCGGUGUAUAUGGGUAAAAACCAAAAUUAAUAAGCUUGUUUUCUAUAAUAAAAAAAAAGUGAAAGGGAUGACGAUGAGAUGACAGGGGAGUGUUGGUUUCUUCCUAAUGCCCCAGUCACAAUUAGCUUGUGAUGGGUUUGCAAGUCGUUUGCGAUGGAUUUCUAGACAUUUUCAGCUGCAGGCUCCAUGGAACUCCUUGGGGAAUCGGGUGGGCAUCAAGUUGCUUUUAACUCGGACUUAAAACCUGGUGUGGCAUUUUGCAUCGCAAACUGGUCAUCAAUAAAUCUGUCAUUGCCUGGCCGAUGUCUGACAGGGCAUCGCACAAGCCGGGCCAAAUUUUUGACAACCGAGACAAUCCAUCAUUAUCGUCGGGGCAUAGGCAGGACAUCAGACAAGUGCCUGCCGGACACUGGCCGAUAAAGAGGCAAAGAAAUUCCACCCGAUUUCCAGUCAU